AAAAUAAACAGGCUUUAGGCCAAAACUCAAAUAACCACCUAAAGCCAUGUUUAAAGCUUAGCAGUUCUCCAUAUAUAUUUCAAUAUAUAUAUAUAUAUAUAUAAAGAUUACCCCUUUAAGAAAAAAAAUAUUUAAUAUAAAAAUUGUUUUCUGUGUGAAAAAAGGGGUAAUCAUAUUCAAUGGAGACGGCUAGGCUUUUGAAGUUAGUGUGUGUGAUUUGUAUUGCCAGUUUCAUUCCGACCAUACGAGCCAAUGUUCCCGAGACCGAUGAGUACUGGGUAAAUAAGGCCAACGAAGCUCGUAAACAUACCCUUAUGGCUUAUCAUCCUGAUCCUUAUGAUAUCGUCGACCACUUCCACGAGCGUCAUUACGACAACUCUACCGAUGUCGAAGAGACCGAGGAAGACAAGGCGGUCGAUUCUGCGGAAGAGGAAGACAUUGAGAUGAUUUCUAGUCCGACAAACAGCACAAGGCGCAGCCUAAGCGGUAAGCGCAGGGGAAGAGGAAAAUGGAGCAAGCUAAGGGGACCUUGCACCGCAAGCAACCCCAUUGAUAAAUGCUGGCGUUGUCAGCCCGACUGGGCCAAGCGUCGCAAGAAGCUCGUUCAUUGCGUCCGUGGGUUUGGUUACAAGGUCACGGGAGGCAAACGCGGUCGCAUCUAUGUGGUCACGAGCCCCAGAGACGAUGAUACGGUGAACCCUAGACCUGGGACACUACGUCACGCUGUGAUACAAAAAGAACCGCUCUGGAUCAUAUUCAAGCACGAUAUGAGCAUUAGGUUAAGCCAAGAGCUGAUGAUUGCUAGUCACAAGACGAUCGAUGCUCGUGGCUCUAACGUGCACAUCGCAUAUGGUGCGGGUAUCACGAUACAGUACGUGCACAAUAUCAUCAUCCAUGGGCUUCACAUCCAUCACAUUGUGAAAAGCAGUGGCGGGUUGAUAAGAGAUUCGAUCAACCACUUUGGACAAAGAGGACAGGCUGAUGGAGAUGGGAUCUCCAUCUUUGGGGCAACCAACAUUUGGCUUGACCACAUUUCUAUGUCCAGAUGCCAAGAUGGCCUCAUUGACGCUAUAAUGGGCUCAACCGCAAUCACCAUCUCUAACUCUCAUUUCACCCAUCACAACGAUGUGAUGUUGCUCGGUGCACAAGACAACAACCAGGAUGACAAGAAGAUGCAAGUCACAGUGGCUUACAACCAUUUUGGUAAAGGACUUGUGCAGAGGAUGCCUAGGAUCCGAUGGGGAUUCGUCCAUGUUGUCAACAACGACUACACUCAUUGGGAGCUUUACGCCAUUGGAGGUAGCCAAGGUCCUACCAUUCUCAGCCAUGGAAACCGUUUCAUCGCUCCUCCUCACAAACCCCAUUACAGAGAGGUGACAAAGAGGGAUUACGCUUCAGAAGGUGAAUGGAAACACUGGAACUGGAGAUCCGAGAAAGAUUAUUUCUUGAACGGAGCACACUUCAGAGAGUCUGGAAAUCCUCAUUUCAAGUGUUCGCACUCUAGGCAACAGAUGAUAAAGCCCAAACAUGGUGUCGCGGUUUCAAAGCUUACCAAAUACGCCGGAGCAUUGGAUUGCCGGGUCGGAAAAGCAUGCUAAAAUAUAUAUAAAGCUCACUACUACUUUUUUCUCUUUGUAUCCUAGGCCUAUAUUUCUCUUAUUUAUAUAUGAACUGACAAAAAAAGAAUCAUGGGGAAAGAAAUGGAAAUUAUUCUUAAAAAUUAUAAAAGUCUCUGUGUAAAGAAUAUAUGCGAAACGGCUGGAUACUUUGUAACUCUAA